UCAGCUGAAGCAAUAACACCACAAACCAUAUCUGCUGGAAACACACACACACACACACACACAGACAAGCUGCAGAUGCUCCGACUGAAACGACGUGUAAACCAGAAUUUACACGCAGAUUUCUUCUGAGAAGAAAGACUUUUUUUUUUUUUUUUUGUGAAUUUACUACCUCAUAUAAAGAGAAUACCUAAAGCUAUGCUUUAAGAUUUUUGUGUUUUUUAUUGUGUGGUCGUCGCGUUUACAUCUUGAAUAAUUUUGCAGGUAAGACAGAUCUUUGCACCAAGUGAGACCUUAUAUUACACUGCGCCUUCUCUGAGACUCAAAAAAGGCCCAUACACCUGUGAUCAACCUGCCAUCUGUUACAUCACUGAAAAACAACAACAUUAGUGACUAUAGUUAAUAAAAUAGCUAUUAAAAAAAAAACCUUAUAAGGCAGCUAUUCCUCAGGAAACAAAAAACUGUGACCUUUGACCUCCGAGGCAGCCAUGUUCCAGCGGUUCACCAGUUUGUUCUUUGGAAGCGAAGAAGUUACUCCAGAUCUGAAGGGACCGAAGCCCUGUGUGUCUGAGGCUGAUGAAGAGGGAUGGCUCCUGGUCAAUCUGCACGGUGAGGAUGGGCCAGAGGCAGCUUCAGUAGCAUGUGCCCGUCCCCGCAGUGAAUGUCAUGCAUCUCAGAUAUGCGGCCCCUCUCCUCCCACCUGCAGAAACCGCAGGACUAGAGCAAGCAGAAUACAGGCAGCACAUCCUUCCUUCCCUUCCAUCAGCUCUCCUCCUGAUCCCGCCUCCUUCUCUCACCUUGAGUCAGUAGAAGUGAAUGUGUUCUUAAGCGAGCGGGGCUCAAGCUCCUGUAGUGACUGCAGCAUGGAUGAGAGCUGGUUUGUCACCCCUCCCCCCUGUUUUACUGCAGAGGGAGCCACAGCGGAGGCUAGCCCCAUGGAGGACCUCCUCAUCGAGCACCCCAGCAUGUCCGUGUACGUCUCAGCUGGCCCUCUCCCAGUGGAAGAGAGCACCACCAGCCUGGCUGGCAGUGUCAGCCGGAUGUUUGAAUCAGCAGUGCCUGCUGUGACCAGGAGCAGCAUGCCCACACGGGUGACCCGAGGAGCAGCCGCACAGGCUGGAGCCCUUGCUAAAGUCACCCAGGUCUCCAGGGUCCAGAGGGCCAAAGCCCGCACUGAGCGUCGCCACCUGGCACGCAACCGCAUGCAGCGACAAAACCGUGUGCGUGAACAGGUCCAAUGGUGCGCGACCCACACCCGCAACUCCUUCCUGCACCAACCGUGCCAGCGCAACUUUUGCCAUUGAGGCAUCAAAGUUUACAUUGAGGGCAUUAUUACACACCCCAAGAAACCCACACCUCCCAAUGAAUCCCCUACCUUCUUAAUUGACCUCUAAAGUCCUCCUUUUGCUUUUACUGGUUUUAUGUCAAUAAUUUUAUUCAGUUUCAUAUUAAUCAGGUUUGUUUUUGAGCACCAGCCUAAAUCAGUUUCCCAGUCUGGGAGUAUAGCUGAAAAGGAGACACGUGUAAACUCUGUAUCUUUACAUGCAUCCCUCUAAAUGUAUAACAAUGACACUUCAGGUACAUUGGCACUGUUCGUUGAAAUAUAAUCAGGUUAAAUUGUCAAAAGAAUGAGCCAAGCACUGAAUGCUUCAUAGAAACAUGACCCUAAGAUUUCCAGAAGAGAUUCGUACCCUGCAAUGUCACAUUGAAAAAAAGCUACUACAGCAAUGGAAGGGUCACUUAAAAACAACAAGAAUGAUAUGUAUGUAGAUAAAGGUGUGAGCAAGAAUAGAAACAUAUACAAGCAGUUGAGAGUUUGCAGAGCAAGAGAAAUCUAGCGGGAUAUGUUUGUAAAGAGGUCAUUUCAAAGUAGAUGUUGCUGCCUGAUUUUCAGCAUAGUGGUGCUAACUUUCAAAAGUAAUUCAACCCCCAAACAAUUUCAUUUAAUUGUUUGCUAUUAUAUGACCUCUGUUCCUAAACCUAGUGGGAUCCCUAUCUAGACAGCAUCUAGGAAACACCUUUUAUAGGUGUGCUUCCACAAAGGCAGUAUCCUUCAAAGAGAAGACAGUUUCAUUGAAGAAAUCAAUUCAAGAUGGUGGAGAAAGCGGGCACUGUCAAUUCUGUACAUACUCUGAAUGGGAAAAAAUACCCCAGUGUAUUUAAAAAUAGAUAUUUUCACCCAAUAUUUAUGUGUGCUAUGAAUUUGUGCUUAUUAGAGUGUGGCCUUGCGCUAGCUUAGCAACAUGCUAACACCAAACUCUAUUGGAAUCAACUGUAAGCAUCAAAACUCUUGUGCACUUUGUAACUCAUUCAGUACCAAAAGUAUAGAAAACAGCUUAGCAACAUGUUACCAUCAAAAUCUAUUGAAGUCUAUUUUAAUUCAUGUCUCUUGAGGCAGCUUCUUAAGGAAUCUAGCUCACUAGAUUUUGAAACGGAGCCUUCAAGUAAACUGAGGUCGAGUCCAUCAUGAAUAGUACUCAUACUAUGCCAACAACACAUUACUAAUUAUCUUUACAGCUCACAUGAUCAACAUAUAGAACGAGGAGAGGUUGCCAUAGGCUAUGGAUAUAAUUGCUUAGAAUGUGCAGGAUAGUUUAGAUUGUGACUCUUUAUUUCCUUCAUGGAGGAUUACUGAUGGGUGAAUCUCACAAAACAUGUCAAGGUGGCUGCAUAUUGUGCAUAUUACAAUUGCUUUUGAUUUUGGGAUGCAAUUUGUCUUUAUGUUUUUGUGAGAUUGACCACAAAAAAAAAAAAAA